CAGGCUGUUAUAAUCAUUGUGUUUGGUUCACUGCACACUGAAAUAUCAGUUUCAUCUAACAGAGCAAAGAUGAAGGGGAGUCUGUUUCUGCUCAUUCUGAUAGGUCAGUGCUCCUUCCUUGUGUGUCACCUCUAUGAGUACCACUUCAUUGAAGAGACAAAGACCUGGGAAGAAGCCCAGAAGUAUUGCAGAGCGCAUUACACUGACCUGGCCACAGUGUUUGACAUGACAGACAUGACAGCCAUGAAGAGACUCCGUGGCAAUAAUCAAAGUGAAGCCUGGAUUGGGCUGCGGAACCACCCAGAUGCCGAAGGGACAUGGCACUGGUCUCUGCCAGGAAUGGAGUUCAAUAAGAGCGAGACGAGAUGGGCUAAAGGUGAGCCGAAUAAUAUCGACCCUCCUGAGAACUGUGUUCGGAUGGACCAUCACGAAUGGAAGAAUGUCUCUUGUACUACUGAGAAUCUGGAAUUUAUCUGCUAUGAAUGA